AUGAAGAUUUUCACAAUAACACAAAGAAUUGAAGUAAGAUCUGAGGAUAAGCUAGUUCCUCCGGCGCUAACAUUUUGUACAACAAAACCAGUGGACUAUGAUUUUGAUAUAAAACUAUAUAACGUAUCAGUUAACAAAGCACGUUGUUGGGUAUUAAGUCCACCCGCGAAUGAUGAUAGAGCUAUAAUUAAAAAUAAUCCUACAACUUCAAAUGUACCGGAUUUGGAAUUUAUUACCGAAAGGAAAUUUACUACGGAAAAUAUAGAAAAUGCGCAAGCACCAUUAUUAGUUAAUAUAUUCGGUCCUUUACAAAAAGAUUCUUCAUUUGACUUUAAUAGAGAUCAAAUAGCACGUUGUUGGGUAUUAAGUCCACCCGCGAAUGAUGAUAGAGCUAUAAUUAAAAAUAAUCCUACAACUUCAAAUGUACCGGAUUUGGAAUUUAUUACCGAAAGGAAAUUUACUACGGAAAAUAUAGAAAAUGCGCAAGCACCAUUAUUAGUUAAUAUAUUCGAUCCUUUACAAAAAGAUUCUUCAUUUGACUUUAAUAGGUUUAUUGUAUUGUCACCUGAGGCUAACAGGGCUAUACAAUUUACAAGGACCAUAAGUCUUGAUGUAAACAAAAUUGUUAAAAGGACCGAUGUUAAAUAUAAUAUUAUUGAUGAAUAUAGAGAUCCCACGGAUUCUUCUCCUGGUCGAUCUAUUAAUAGAUUCACUUUUCGUGCAGAUUCAUUUGAUGUAGUUUAUACAAUAGAUGUACCAAAAGCAACGAUUUGGUCAAUAUUAAGUAAUUGUUUUACAUUAUUAGGUGUAUUAAUUGGUAGUGUAUAUUUCCCAUUCGUUGGUCAUGGUAAAUAUAGAUCGUGGGGUUUCAUUAAUAGAUUGGUCGGUUAUUAUCCUAUUGAGCAUAUAAGAAGAUCUUAUUCGGAAAAUGACAAAGGUCCAAGGAAUGAUUUAGAACAAAAUAAUGUUCCUAAACUUGAGGAAAGGUUGGAGAUUUAUUUAGAGAAAUUUGGACAUGCUAGAUAUGAAUAG